AUGAAGAUCAAGAAAGUUGGCAAGCGCCGGAGCACGUUGGGCGAAGCGCCCCACUGGGACGCCAGGACCGCCACCCUGAUCUACGUCGACCGCACCAACUCGGACAUUAUUCGUUUCGACCCGGAAACUCAGGAGGAGGUUGAAGUCAUCAAUGUCGACGGGUUUGUUGGAAAUGCCAUUCCCUGCGCCCAAGACGGACGUCAAGUCGUGGCCUGCGUGAACACGGGCAUCUACAAAGUGGACCUCGACAGCCGAGCCAAGACUCUACUCACUCAAGUGGACGAUCGAAAUGCGGCGGUCAAGUGUGCAUUCAGCGACGGCAAGUGCGACGCCAUGGGCCGCCUCUGGGCUGGUACAAUGCCCAAGGAGAGAGGCACGAACGAGCCCUUCGGAAAGGUGUGCUCCUUGUACUGUUACUCCAAGGGAAAGGUUCGGUCAACGCUACCCCAAGUCUCGGCGUCCAGCGGCAUCGCGUGGACAAGCGAUGACAAGACAAUGUAUUUCAACGACUCCGUCCCCGGGAAGACGUACGCCUUCGACUACGAUCUCAAGACAGGAACCAUCCAGAACCGGCAACUUCUGAUAGACUUCAAGUCCACGUUCGGUUACUGCGACUGCGGCGUUCCGAACGGCAUGACCUGUGACGUCAACGACAAGAUCUGGAUGACCUGCUUCGGCACCGGCACCGUGCUCCAGAUAGAUCCGGAAACAGCCAAGAUCCUCACGAGAAUCAGCCUUCCCACCAAGUGCACAACUUCCUGCUGCUUCGGGGGCAAAGAUUACGACGUCCUCUACGUCACGUCCGGGAGCUCCGAUCCGGAAGUCACGGGACCCGACGACGGAAUGUUGUAUCAGAUUACUGAGCUCGGAGCUAAAGGAAGCGCGCCUUUUGAGUUUAUCGGGUGA